GGAAGCCUGUUCUUUUUCCAAUGUCCAGCAGCUGACAUGUAAAUCCACUGUGGUGUAAAAAACGGAGCAGCUGGCAUGGAGCACGUCUGAUGCUGCUGCUGCUGAGGUUGUGCAGAUGAAAGGUAUUAAUAGGAGGGCUUGAGUGUCACAGGCUUUCACUGUCAAGACCGGGGGGCUUCGUGGAGAGUCGGUGGACCGGGUUUUUUGAGGGGCUUCAAGAACCAGACUGCGCAGUUGGAAUAAAAAACAAACAAACAUACACUCUCUGAUUACCAUAGAAGCAACAUGGAGGUUCUGGCAGCUCUUAAUUUGGGCGAUGUUGCCCAAGUUUUCUCAAAAAUGGGAAUGUUUCCCGUGUUUGAUGUCGCUUAUUACAUCGUGUCCAUCCUCUACCUCAAGUAUGAGCCAGGCUCGGUGGAGGUUUCUCGCAGGAGUCCCGUGGCCUCCUGGCUCUGUGCCAUGCUCUACUGCUUUGGAAGUUACAUCCUGGCAGACAUCAUGCUUGGAAGCAGCCCCAUCGACUAUUUCCAACACAACAGCCACAUCCUGCUGGCCUCAGCUGUCUGGUACCUCAUCUUUUACUGCCCACUGAACCUCUUCUAUAAAUGCGUGGCGUUCCUGCCCAUCAAACUGGUUUUGGUCGCCCUGAAGGAAGUCGUCCGCACUCGUAAGAUCGCAGCAGGCGUUCACCACGCCCAUCACGCCUAUCACCACGGCUUGUUCAUAAUGGUCAUCGUUGGAUACGUCAAAGGUUCUGGAGUGGCUCUCAUUUCCAAUUUUGAGCAGCUGCUGCGUGGUGUGUGGAGGCCCGACACCAACGAGAUCCUCAACAUGUCAUUCCCAACCAAAGCCAGUCUGUACGGAGCGAUCCUCUUCACCCUGCAGGAGGCUCACUGGCUGCCAGUGGCCAAGAGCACCCUCAUCCUACUCUUCACCCUCUUUAUGGCCACAAGCAAGGUGGUGAUGACCGCCCGUCAUUCUCACGGCUCCCCCUUCGCCCUCAUUGAGUCCUGGGUUUGCCAUCUGCUGUUCGGCUCCCCUCUCGGUGGAUCUGAGGAAGACCACCACCACGCUCCUGCCGCUGCCCCAUCUUCACCUCUCAAAACCAAGGAGGAGCUGAGCGAAGGUGCCCGCAAGAGGAAGGCCAAGAAAGCAGAGUAGGACGCCGAGCUGAAAACUGCAUCAUGGCCUCCACAUGAUGGGACCUCCCAUUCCUUUCUAGGGAAAGCGGCAGUUUGACGUUCAACCCAAUGAGACCCUUUCUAUUAGAGCAAAAUGGUGCUUUUUUUGGUGCAUUAACACAGAACGAGGACUCUGUAAAUACAACGGCAACUGUUUCAAACUAAACCCAACCCGGACAUUUUAAACCUAUUUAUGAAUGUGUUUGUAAACAUCUGCAUCUGUGCUCAACACUGUGUGGUGACCUGUGUUCAGCAGCUGUGUGUUUGUUUAGGAUGGCCUGUGAUCCACAUUAGUAGCUGUGUGACCAGGUGUCAGGGAAGCCCAACAAACCUUAUUACCGUUCAGAAAGAAAUAGAAACAUCUGAAAAUAUCAAGAAGAACCUGGCUCUCAAUAAGAAAUAAAAAUGCGAAAAAAAGCAUUUAGUGCAAGGACAUUGCUGCUUUAUACAUUAAGAUAAGGACAACUUAAACUCUUUGAAUAAAAUCUUGAGAAACA